GUGUUUACAUCAUUUCUGUGCGCUGUUUAAAGCAGGUUGUGGUGGAUUUUACGCUUCUCUGUAUGGUACAAGUUAUGUUUUUAUAAAGGGAAUACGCAUGUGGUUAGUAAUGCUACUGUUAUUUUGCACUGUGAAUAAUAUGUAAUUUUAGGCAAAGUAUGCUUUAGUUGCUGCUUCGUAAAAUACACAGUAUGUCUGAGGACAAGUACAGCGAUAUAAACGGCAAUACUAUAUUGCUGAAUAGCUGCAGUCAUUCAAGUUUCUGCAGAGAGUUCACUAUCAGCACUCCAAAGGUGUCUCUGCGCAAGAUAAUGGCGUACACGUGUUCAGUGUGGCUGAUCGCCUAUGCUGUUUUUCUUAUUACCGAGAAUACCACUGUAUUGUCAGCUGCCAUAUUUGUUACUCUUUUGGGGAUGAUGCUUCACCUUCACUUUGUGAAAAUAGACCACGAGUCGCUUCUCAUUAUUGGCUCUCUGGGGAUUCAGAUGUCUUCCUCUUACGCAUCAGGGAGAGAGAGCACAACCUUCAUAGAGAUGGGCAAGGUCAAAGACAUUGUCAUUAAUGAAGCCAUUUACAUGCAACGGGUGAUUUACUACCUUUGUAUACUGUUAAAAGAUCCAUCAGAUCCCAAUGGAGUGGCUGAUGUUGUACCUCUUUUUCAGAGCUCUAAACCACGUUUGAGUUGUCUGGACAAAGUAUAUAAGAGCUGUCAAGAAAUUAUUGGACAGUGCUAAGAAAAUGUCAAGUUGAAUGUAAAGGAUAUUCCUGAACACCAAGAAGAUGAAAACUAGAAGAGGAGUAACAUCACUCAACAAAACUAUAUUCUCGCAGUGAUGGUAAUUUUCUGAAGCCAGUACUCCUGGGAUUGCUGUGGAAGAAUGACCUUCCAAAGCAAGGAAAACACAUCACCAGUAACUUCAAUAGCACACAAUAUUUUCUGCUUAUAAUACAGAAAAAAAGAAUUGUCUAUAAAAACAAAGUGUUGCCUGUCUGAAUUAAGAUUCCUUCAUGGUUAAAUUGAUACAUUUUAGGUUUUGGGUUUUGUGCUGUCUUACAUGGAGGCAGCUUAGCUGUAUACAGCCUCUUAUACAGGGCCCUCAAAUACUAUAGGGACAGCUUGAUUUUGGCCUUAUAUUCAAGCAAUUUGUAUUUGUGUUCAUGAGGUUAAUUUGAAUGAUAAGAGCAAUAUAUAUUUUAUUUUAGGGUAAUUCCUGUAUCCAUUGGAUAAUAUUAGAACAAAUACAUUGAGUUCAAUAAUGGUUUUAAAGCAAAAAAAAAGUUUUGCCUAACAGUUUUUUUCUAACAGUUUCAAUUCCAGUACUAUUCAUUAGUUUGUGAUUGGAUGGGGUCUACAAAUUUUUUUUUUACAACUCCUGUGCAAGGAAUCGACUUGCACUGCUUUACAGUACUUAUCAAUGAGUGUCAUGUCCCAAAAUGUCUGUACAAUAAACUUCAUGAAAACUCAAAUUUCUUGCUUAGCAAACAAGUCAAAACCUAAUAUGUACUGUACCAAAGACAAACAAUAAAUGUAAUGCACUUAACCCAAA